CCUGCAACAUCCGGGUUCUACUCGAAUUCUGUUUGGCUCUCACCAGCUAGCUAGGUGGACGCUGUUAGGCUGUCAAGCUGAAGCUGUCCAGUGAAGGCUGGGGCUAAACGUCUCGGCUUGACAAUAUUUGGCCAUAACAGCUCCGGCCACAGGUUUCAGGGAACAGCCUUUCAAAAACACUUAACGUCGCUAGCUUAGAUCAAGUAAUGCAUCCCUGGUUUAUCCACAACAGGGAGUUCCGCACUUUCACUGAUUGUAUGCACUGAGAGUCUGAAAGCUAAAGCUAGCUAGCUAACGUCAAGAGCAGCAAACUCCAUCCAGUUCGUCGGUGCCUCUUCGACCAGUCUCUGUCGCGUUCACGGCUUCUUUGCUGUUAACUACAACUACAAAACCAACCUUUCCGAUUUAGUUUUUAAGGUGAGAAAGGGUUCGGAAUGGGGGCGUUUUUGGACAAGCCAAAGAUGGAGAAACACAAUGCCCACGGCGAGGGCAACAACCUGAGCUAUGGCCUGAGUAGUAUGCAAGGUUGGAGGGUGGAAAUGGAAGAUGCACACACAGCUGUCAUUGGCCUGUCUCGUGGGUUGGACCCCUGGUCCUUCUUUGCUGUCUACGAUGGGCAUGCCGGCUCUCAGGUGGCUAAGUACUGCUGUGAGCACCUGCUUGAGCACAUCACCAGCAAUCCAGACUUCCUGAGCGCACUGGAGCCGGAGCCUAACGUGGAAAGUGUGAAGAACGGCAUCCGUACAGGCUUCCUCCAGAUCGACGAACACAUGCGCACCAUCUCUGAGAAGAAGCACGGAGUGGACAGGAGCGGGUCCACAGCGGUCGGGGUGAUGUUAUCCCCCGGUCACAUCUACUUCAUCAACUGUGGAGACUCGCGGGGCCUCCUCAGUCGCGGUGGCACGGUCCACUUCUUCACACAGGACCACAAGCCCAGCAAUCCCCUGGAGAAGGAGAGGAUCCAGAACGCCGGAGGUUCCGUCAUGAUCCAGCGAGUCAACGGCUCCCUGGCGGUCUCAAGGGCCCUGGGAGACUUCGACUACAAGUGUGUGCACGGCAAAGGUCCCACGGAGCAGCUGGUGUCCCCGGAACCGGAGGUGUACGCCAUCGAGAGGUCCGAGGCGGAAGACGAGUUCAUCGUCUUGGCUUGCGAUGGGAUCUGGGAUGUCAUGGCCAACGAGGAACUGUGUGACUUUGUCAGGUCCAGGCUGGAGGUGACGGAAGAUCUCGAAAGAGUCUGCAAUGAAAUAGUUGACACGUGCUUGUACAAGGGAAGUCGGGACAAUAUGAGUGUUGUGCUGAUCUGCUUCCCAGGGGCCCCAAAGGUAUCUCCAGAUGCUGUGAAAAGGGAGGCGGAGCUGGAUAAAUACCUGGAGAACAGAGUAGAAGAGAUCAUAAAGAAGCAGGGAGAUGAAGGUGUUCCUGAUUUGGUUCACGUGAUGCGGACAUUAGCAUCAGAAAGCAUCCCUAAUCUUCCUCCAGGGGGAGAGCUUGCCAGCAAACGAAGCGUUAUUGAAGCAGUGUACAACAAACUCAACCCCUACCGAAGUGAUGACACAGACUCGGCAUCCACAGACGACAUGUGGUAACACAGCACCGUACCACUAACACAGCACAGUUUACAAACCAACACCCCUCUCAAGACCCACAGCAGCUGACCUCAGCAGUCUGUCAAGCAGCACUCUGGGCGUUCCAUUUUUAAGAAGGGAAUAUGAUGGGAGGAGAACAAGGAAGAGAAGCACACACACUCACACAAACCCCUACACACAUCUGGAUAGUGCAGCACCAGUCUGUUAUGGAGUUCAAGAUCCCCCUCCAUUUUGUCUCACCUUUGUUUUCAUCCAACUGCUUUAACCUAAUCCACAACUAGCAAAUCCAGCAGGUUUUCUUUUCUUAAAAAAAAAAAAAAAAAGGCUAAAACAAUAAUAUUUUCUUGUUUGCUGUAAUUAAUUUGAUUCACAUUUCCUUGUGUGUUUGUAUAUUUGUGUUUUUGUGAAGUGCAAUUGUCCUGUACAAACAGCCUGUAUUUAAUGCAGCUUGAAUUUAAGUUAAAACAUGAAAGAAAUGAAAAAGAGAACCUUUAUGCACUAUCUGCCUUUUCCUGUUCUUCUGGAGUUCCAACAAAUGUCUAUUCAGUGAAUAUUACUGUUUGUCCUCCAGGCUAUUUGUCUUUCCGAUCCUGCUAUUUUUUUGUGUGUCUUUGCUCCUUGAAGAAACGGGUAAAUUGUAUAGGUUCACAGCACAGUAAGCUCUCUAAAUCAAACCAUUUAAAUCCUAAUUCAUUGUCAUUUUUAUCCGCAUCCGUCAUUUUUUGUUGAUCCUUUAUUUUUGUUGUCUUUAUAUGGAUUUCUGUGCACGUUGCAGUAACUAUUGUAAAGGGUAUCUUUGUCUCAUGGAAACUUGGAGUGAAAGUAUCCCUUUCACCUCCUGUAAGUAGAUUGCAACAUAGUAGUUAUCAGAAACACUGCAUGAAGAAAAAAUUCACCAGACACCUGUUAAGACUUGCUGUGUUUGUCUGCAUGCACGCGUUAGUAUGUGCUUGCAAACGUGUGUGGGUGCGUGCGUGUGUGUGCGCGUGCGUGUGUGCGUGCACAAGUGUAGGUAGCUAACCCUGCAGUUUGGUAAGUCAGUGUGCAGCUUGGUAGCUUACGUUUGCUAUGGUGGUGCAGAUGAUUAACCCCCAGGGGCUAAGGGGCACACCCCCUCAAUAUUUCUCUCUCUUGCCCUCCAUUCUGUCUUUCCAUAUGGAGACAAUACGGCUUCUCACUGGCCUUCCAAAAUCUUUGGAUAACACAACUACUCUGCAGUGGAAUGAUGGAGUUGGCGUAAUGCGGUCUCAUAUGCCAUGCCCACCUUGUAAUGUCACUGAAGACUCAAUCUGCGCACGGUGCGUAGCAGUUGAUGCUAGCUAGUCACAGUCAUGACUACUCUCACUUGUGUCAUGAUAAUUAUAUUGAAUUUAGGCAAAUGUCAAUUGUCACAAAUGCCCAUGAUGGGUGCCAUAUGACAGCAUAUUUCAGCUUUAUGACCUCCCAUGCCAACCCCUUUCAUGAGAUUUAGUGUAUUUUGUAUUUUACAGAUUUGGUACACAGUACAAGUGAUAUAUUGUACAUGCAUGCUCAGCUAAUCUGAUUUUGCAUUGUGCGGUCCUGACACUGAUCGUUAAAACCGUGGCUACCAGUCUGAUCGCGCUAAGAAACUUGGAUUUACUUUGAACUUCUAACUGGUUCCUCCUUUUUUUUCUCCUGGUUCCUCUAGUUGUCAAACCGAGAACAAAUCCACUAAAUGCAGUUGAGCUGUCCUGGUUGUAUAGCACCUUUGAUUCCCAUAGUGUUGUCGGUGCAGAGACAGCCUCACUGCUGUAGGAUCCAGAGCACAAUACGAUUUGCUGCUAUAGUGGUUGAUUGUUGGGUUGAUUUGCGUUCCCUUUCCCCCCCUUCUUUUAAAUAAUGAAUUGUCUCUUGACUAAAUCUGUAUUUAACACUUGGCUAUAGAGAGAAAUGGUUUUAUUUUAGUUUUGUUUUUGGAUUGUCAAGAAUGCUUUGUAGCAAAUUGAUGUAUGUAUAUAUUUUUGACCUACAUUUUCAAGGAAUAAAUAAUGUUGCUUGAGUUAGAAAUGCAGUGGGCUAGAUAACUUUUGUUAAUUUUUAUUUUUUCCACAACAACAAAAAAUCUUUCAGUUAGCUUGACCACCGUAGAGACGGUAUACACAGGUGUCCCUCUGAUUGUCAUUAACUAUUUUCAAAGUUUGUCUUAUUUAUGUAACACACAGGGUAAUAUACUGAAUAUAACCAACUGACAAUCUAAUAAUUUAACAUCGGCAACAAGCUAAUUCUAUGUUGUCUCCUGAAUCUGGAUCCCUAAUGGUUAUUAGCAUUUACGUCCCUCAGAAAUGUUAGAUCCAUUUCAAUACUCUAAUUAGUGCCCAGUUGCCAUGGCUAUUCUCUAUGGUAAGGUUUAAAGUGACGAUCAAUCAUAAUGUUUAUGCUAAAUUUAAAUAUUUUUUAACAAAAUAUGAAGAACAUAUAAAAUUGACUUUUGGAGGUAUGAGGGUGUGUUUCAGACUGAGUUGAUGUUUUGUGAAUUUGUCAUUUCGACAAUUGAUGUAGCCCAGAACAUCUUAAAUUACUACACUGUCAUAGUGCUUGGUGCCACUAGUGAAUGCAAUGUGGGGAAAGAGAUUAACGUGUGUUCAAUAGAUAGUUACAGGUGUCCUUGUUGAUAUCAAAUUGAGAGAUGAGAUAGUUAAGCUGGUAGCAAAGCCACUCAGGCUGUUUAAUUUCCAUGCUCCACCCCCCCCCCCCCCCCCCCCCCCACCCUACGCCACAUACUUGUGUGAGGAGACUACAAUUUCAAAACAUGGAGGCACCAAAGCUCAAUAUACGCAAGGCCUUUAUCAGUUGCAGUGGCUUGGAUAUUCCCUUGAUGCUUUGUCAACCUCGUAAGCUAAAGUAUUUUUGUGACAAGAGUACUAUGGUGUGUUAAUAUUGUCAUCAAGUACCUACUUAAGUAGUUAACAAGUUCAUGAAGUUAACAAGGGAAAUCUUUCUCACGACUUUCAAUCUUUCAGACUACUUUGACUGUCAUUUUUCCUUUUUGAUAUCUAAAAACUGGAAAUGAACCUAUUUUUUAUAAUUAUUAUCAUUUUUCUGUAGGUAAGAGAAAUUCUAUUCCAACUGCCUAGCUGUAGUUUUUUGCCACAGUGCUUUUGUUCGGUAACAAAAAGGUCAAAAUUGUCAAUCAACUGCUUGCAUGUACUGUAAACUUGCGUAAAGAUAGUGUUUGUGACAUUUAGAUGAACAUGCCAUGCAGUUCAUGUGCAGGUUCUCUUCUGCAUGUAAAGGGCCAUAUUCUGAUUGUACAUUCACACACUGUGCUUCACCUUUCCAAUAACUUUCUGCUUCGCAUAGGUUAUUUUACACUGUGGGAAUUGGCCCAACUUGUUGUUUAAUAUGUACUUAUGCAUUUCAUACAAAUUUGAAAUGGCUAGAAAACAUAUUGUUACCUAUCUUAAGUUGGUUAAGGGGUUGAUUGACUAACUUGAUGUUAGUUGGUGAAAUGGGAACAGUCAUGGUUAUUUGCAGUGGCAGUGGUUAUGAUUUCAUUGUAAUAUUGUACCUUUCUGACUUGAGGCCCCGUUGAGUAUCCUACAAAGAUAGUCUGCUCAAAGCAAGCAGAUGUUGUGUCUUUAACAAUGUCCAUAAAACUACAAUACCUCAUAAAGUUGAUAGGAAACAUCUCUUUGGCGUACCUAGUUGUUGUUCUAGACCUUUUAGAAGCGGUAGAUAGUACCCUCCCCGCCCCCAUCUUGGUAGUUUUGACUAAACUGACAGCGGUUGUCAGUUGGUUUGUUGUGUUCUGUCUGUUCUGUCCGUCGGAAUCUCUUCUCAUGUCAACCGUUUUCUCUCCAAGCUGGAUAGAAGUCAUGUUUAUGUACAGUAGUUGGCUGAAGUGUGCAAAUAUGAAAUAUUGAUAUCUAUUAAGUGACCACUGCAAUUGUUAGGUUAUUUUAGAAAAUAGGACAAUUAUUGUCCUCCCCUCAUACUAAAACAAUGCCCCAAUAAUCUUGCUUGUGUUGUUUCCCCCUCUCCCCCCCCCCCCCCCCCCCAUGUUCUUUUCUUGGUAGGAUGUAUUCCAUUAUUUCAAAGAUCUAGAAUUGUAUCAAAGUUCAGGGUUCUAGAUAUGUGAGGUGCGUGACAGAUAUUAGGUGUACUUAAAUGACAAUAGUCAUUUGCACUGAUCGUCUAUAUAAUCAGCUUUUCACAAAAUAUUAUGUUAUUUUUGGAAAAGAUAUCAAGCUAUCGACAGGGUCUGCUCUGACCGGGACCAGUUCUCUGUGUUGACAUGCAGAGUUAAAACUGGUUGAAGUAAAAUAGAUUUGAACGUUUGGGCCCUCUUAUCCUCUAUGUAAUGAUGUACCUCAGUUGUGACGUCACAGCAUUACGGGCAGUGACGGGUUGUGUGAAAGGGGAGACUGAAACACACCAUGUUGCUGACCUUUUCAGCUCAUUAAUAAGCUCACCGAUUUGCCUUACCCAGUCUAACGCUACCCCCCUAAAGUACUUGUUAAAUGGAACACUUUUAAGGGGUGAAAGGUGAUAUUAUGUUCUUCUAGCAAGGAAUAGAUCAAAAAGUGUUUCCAGGUUACGGUACUUACCUGUAUCUACAUUGUGACAUGUAACAUUGGUUGUCAUAUGGUACUUCUCAACCAUUUCUGGUUUGUACUCUUUAUUUCUAUCUCUCUCCCCCCCUCCCCCCCCCCCCCCCCCCCCAUGUUACCUCGUUGAAUCUUGAAAGCUUAUUUCAUUUCUCACUCCUGCAGAUGAUGUCAUUCUUUUAACAAAUGCAAGUGUUUAAUUGGUAACCCUGUAGACAUUCAAAAUGUGCGUACAUACGUUAAUGUCUGCUAUAUUUAUGAAUACAUUCAAGAAUAGCUUUAGACUGCUGUAGAUAAGUAUUGUAGUGUUGAUUCAACUGCUUCUCCGAGGCGUCUGUGAUUGACAAAGUUCAAUAAUUGUAUAUUUUGUAUUAUGUUCUAGCUCCAAAGGACGACAGAAAAAGAAAAUGUUAAAAAAGCUUUGUUCCCUGAACUAAAUUGUACAAUUUGUGUUGAGUUGAUUGAACAAAUUGCAUUCCUUGCUUGUGAAUUGAUGCAUUUCUCUCCUUCCUCCCUGAAUUUCCUACCCUCCCUUUCCUUCAUUCUUUCUUUCAUUUUUUUUUUAGCUUUUAAAGUUUGAAAUAACAUUUCUAGUUUGCAGAAUGUAUCACUAAAUAAAUGGGUUGUUACCUUGUA